UUUCGGUCGGUUUAUCCAUUUUACGAGGAUUACUUGAACGCACCAUGACACUUGCAGCUAUCCUAGCCGGCUAACUUGGCUAAUCUGAUUUAUCGUCUCGGCUAAGCGCACGUAACGUUAUCCAGGAUUACUAUAUUUAGUUUUAAAUAUCUGUCGUUUAACACAAUAUCUACCUGACAUAAAAUAGCCACUCAUUUCAAAAAUGGCAUCGCUUGGAGAGCCCGUGCGGUUGGAAAGAGAUAUUAAUCGUGCUGUUGAACUGCUUGAUAAGCUCCAAAGGACGGGGGAGGUGCCUCCCCAGAAGCUGCAGGCGCUGCAGAGGGUCUUACAGAGUGAAUUCUGUAACGCUGUCAGAGAAGUUUAUGAACAUGUGUAUGAAACCGUGGACAUCAACAGUAGUCCUGAGAUCAGGGCAAACGCCACAGCUAAGGCUACUGUGGCAGCUUUUGCAGCAAGUGAGGGACACUCGCAUCCACGUGUCGUGGAACUGCCCAAGACAGAAGAAGGCCUGGGUUUCAAUAUAAUGGGUGGAAAGGAGCAAAACUCACCAAUAUACAUCUCACGGAUCAUCCCAGGAGGCAUCGCUGACCGUCAUGGAGGCCUGAAGAGAGGCGACCAGCUUCUCUCCGUUAAUGGGGUGAGUGUGGAAGGUGAGCACCACGAGAAAGCUGUGGAACUCCUCAAAGCAGCUCAGGGCACGGUGAAGCUGGUGGUAAGGUACACCCCCAAAGUCCUAGAGGAAAUGGAGUCACGCUUUGAGAAAAUGAGGUCGGCGAAGCGCCGGCAACAGAACAACUACCCCCAGUAGAAUUUUUCUUUUGAUGCCCAGCUCCCAUGUCUGUCCUCCUCAAGCCUUCUGGCCACGUGUUCUGGUCUCUUUCUUACCUCCAUGCCCCAAAAAAAGCUUAACAAACACACCCGAGUUUAGUUUUUGUUCCUUCUUACACAUACUGUUUAUUGUGCUUCUACCUUUUUUCUUGUAGCAUUUUUAAUGUCCGCCAUUGUUACACUGGACACUACAACUCUAGACAAACACUAUAGUGAUCAUGAUUGUCGUGUCGGUGGUCACUCACACGUGUGCAUUAUUUUUGAAUUGACAAUUUGAAUGCAACUUUGAGUGCUUUUACCAACUACACAAUUCCUUUGACUGGAAAGGUAGUGUUUUUAAUUCUUUUAUCACAGCCACUACCAAGUGCCUCAGGGCAAACACGUUUAUCUUAUGUACUGUGUUCACUGUUAUAUUCUUCCUUUUAACGGUUUAAAGUCAAGUUCCGGUAAUUAAAUUCUUGUGGCAGGAAUUACUACAUGCUUUGCAUCUGUUAUUCUCAAAGAUCAUUUGAUUUGAUGAAUUACAUGGUAGAUAUAUUUUAAAACCCUUUUUAAUUGUGCGAACUUAAAAAGAAAGGUGCAGUUUUAUUUGUGUUGCAGCUCUACAGGCAUGACCGGAGAAGGGAAGCUGAUGACACUUUAAAUUAGUCAAAAAGAGAUAGUUAUGUUGUAUAAUAAGGGAAACCACUGAAAGGACACUUCAAAACAAAAGUGAUGGAUUAUCUGUGGGCGUAGUUUUUUUUUUUUUAGUUUUCUAACGUCAUACCACACGAACUCAGAAGGUACUGUAAGUGAUGUAACGGGGUCUCUGCAACUUUUGAUCUAAAUUCCUGACACCACAGAGACUCACAUUUCUACUUUUAUCAAAGUAAUAAACCUUCAUAAGCAAAUACCUUGCUGUCACCAUGACAUGAGAUGAUUAACUUGUCUUGACAGAAAUCAGGAAUGUACAAUAUGUAAGUCAUAUUUUUCCAUUUAGCUAGGUACAGAACAAGAAGCCAGUUACUUAACAUUUGUCUUUGAUCUUUGCUAUUAAAAAAAAAACCUGCUUUUUUUGCAUCAUUCAGUGAAAAUUCAAAAUGAGGAAAAACAAGACAUUUUUUAUAUCAAGCAAUCUGAUAUCAAACAAUCUCUCUGUCACAAUAAUGCCUGAUGUGAGCUUUCAUCAUUGUUGUGAAUGAAAUGGCAGAUGUUGAUAUCAUGGCUGAUACAUGGCUAUGUCAUGUUCAGACUUUACAUAGCGUUUGUUAAACAUUGUCUCGCAGAACAAAUGUGUGUCUUAAGUCAAAGCUACUUUCAAACUUGUGUGUCCUUGUAGUCGUUGACAUCUUUAAAGGUUUUGGAUUAAAGACAAAAGAAUAACACCGGUGCUGCGAUGAGAUGUAGAGAACAAUUUCUUGAAAUUGAAAUAACCAUUUAUUUUUUAUCAAAGAUAAGAGUACUCCCAUAUUUAAAUUAUUUAGUAACUAAAUAAUUUACCUCUGCGUCAUCACAGUUUUAUUUCUGAAGCUUUUCAUAAUUUUAACAAUAACAUUUGUCUUUGCUCCUUUUUAAAACCAACAUUUUAGUGGCACCUAUGUAAUUUACAAACUGCACAAUGUUAAAAUCAGAAUAAGGACAAACAUUUUGUUACUAAAUCCUGCCAAACUGUCAAGUUUGUUCUGCUAUGCAGUUUUAAGCAGCCAAAUGUCAACACACCUGUCAAUAACCUCCAAUAUACUGAUUAAGGAACGCUUAAGUUUACAACACUUAUUUAUUUUUAUAGUUUUAAAGAGUUUGCACAAUGCAUGUUUAGCUACAUAGAUAGUCCUUCUCAUGAGCUGGAAUAUUAAUGCUUGAUUCCUGAUUAAGCCAAAAUCCUACCCUUAUGUCUGCAUGCAACAUGUCAAUCAAUCAAUCAUGGUUUUCUUUCAAAUAUUUGAGUAUCCAAAGACUUUUCAUGCUUUCACAGCGAUGUGUAAAACACUCUGGUGUGUGUGUGUGUGUGUGUGUGGAACAACAACAUAUCCCCAGAACAAUUUUAAUUUCAGAGAUUUAUUCACAAUAGUGUUUUGUUUCCAUGGUAACUUCAGUAACAUGCAUAUAGCAUAAUGUGAAUUAGACUUUGGCUGAUAAAACUAUACUAUUGUCCAGUCUCAGGAUCAAGACAUUACAUCAUUGAGACAGAACGGCAGUAACGAUGAAGACAGAUUUAUCUAACGGAUGUAGUGGAAGGUGGAUAUAGUAACAGAAACACAUGGCAGUGUAUGAAGGCAGUACAACUUUUCCUUCAGUGCAGUUUUAGCCUCUUGGUGUCGUCCUCUGAUGUUGAACUGUUCUUCAGAAACAAAUUCCUUUUUUAAUGCAGUAUAGUGUUAAAUCGAUAUCUAUUUGUGUCCUUAUCGACAUGACUUAAUGCCUCACAUUUUGUGACCAAAGCAUCUGAAGUGAGGUCACUGAUUGCCUGUGUAGCUGCUUUUAGUGUUGUAGUUACUUUUUCCUUUGGUGUUUUUGUUAUUUUAUCCACCAUCGCUCAACAAAUCCAACACGGGCAUCUGCCUAUGACUGCUCUAGCAAAUUUUAAACAGCUCAUUCAAAAUGAUUGAAGUACAUUAGUACUUCAUGGCAUAAAAUAAUUAUAUAGUUUUCUCCAAAAUAUGGCUUUGUGGUUUGCAUUACUAAAUGCACUGAAAUGCAAAACAAUUAUAAUUAUCAGGAAAGUUGGCUAAUAUUGCAAUUUCCUUCCUUUUUCCUUUCCUUUUGCUCUUUGGCUUCUUACUUUUGUUUGUUACAGUUCUGCAUAUGUCCAAUAUUACCGUCCAUGUCAACUCAGUCUGCUGUUCCUUUUAAAUGUCAGGUUUACCAGCGGGAUUAUCUUUAUACAGGAUCGUGGAAGGAAUCUUUAUUGAAUUGUAUGUUACUUUAAUAUUAGGAAAAAUGAUGAUGCAUGGUGAGCACAGAGCCCAGUUGUAUUUCAGUGGGUGUGCACCCUGCGAUCGAUUUCUCCGAAAAAUUGUUACUUUUGGGACAAAGUAUAAAAUAAAACAAACACACCGUACUGCAAAAACUGAAUGCAAAAUAAUAUUAUCUAUGCAAGGUCAUUUAAAACUUUGGAAAUAUCCUGUAAUGGUGCAAAAAUAAUUCUCAUUUUACUCCAGAAUGUUAUUGGAAGUUACUGCUUUAAGGCUGAGUGGACAGACGUCUGAGUUUGAGAACGCUGCACUUAAGACACAUUGGAUUUACAUAAUCUUAUGAGACAUUCACAAGGUUUGUUAUUGUAACAUUCUCAUAUUGAUCACUAUCAAUACAUUGCAGUGAACAUGUCCAUGUGAUAUUAGCUUUGCUAUUUAAUUAAUGAUUGUCAGGAGGAGACAUGUAAAAGAAUAGGCUUAUGUGAAAGUGUGGUUAGCAAUAGACCAUUCCAUAGGCUACUUUGAGCAUACGUUUGUUUUGAGGCAGAAGUUUUAGCAGAAGAGUUGGUGUGUACAUAAAAGUUGUCUUAAUAUAAUGUAUAGUUUGUUCCUUAAUUCUGUUUUAUCCAACAUGUGCUUGCUAGAUCCACUGCUUACACACAUGAAUAGUAAAUCAGGAAAUGUAUUGAGACUUGGUAUUGAUAUUGCACAGUCACUCUCUCCACUGAAUGUCACUGACCAUUGUCUAACUUAGUUGCAAGAUUUUGUGAAGUACCCUUCAACUUUCUACCUGUUUUCAUUGUCUAUAUAUUGGAAUGGUCAAUAGAGUAUUUUUUAUAAUAGUUUUCUUUGAUAUUUUUCUCAAUUUUAUAAGGGAUUUUCCUAAAAACAAAUACCAGGAAUAAUUGGUACUUCCAUUUUGACUGUGUACCAAGGCCAUAUCAGCAAAGCCUCUCUGAACAGCAGCACUGAUGUAGGACUGAGAUCUCUUCUUGACUGUAUGAACCUACAGACUGUCCUACAUCCAAACUGCUUUUCUGAGAUCUGAACUGAUUUUUCUUUUCUUUCUAGUACCAAGACCAAAUUUGCAACAUUUGUGAAAACUUUGAUAAUGUUUUGAAAUAUUUUAGUCGGUGCUUGUUUAGCAUUACCUGUAGACUGUGUUGUGUUAUUUUGUGUUCUAGUUUCUUACCUAAUUUACUGUGUUACAUUGAUGUGGAAUGUAAAAUGUUGUGACGUAGAACAAAAUAAUAGUUGAACUAGAGGCUUAAUAAACAGUGCUUAAAUAUA